AUGUCUGCUCCACCACCACCACCUCCCCCCCCUCCUCCACCUCCUCCUCCACCUCCACCUAAUAGUUCUAGUUCUCUAGGCAGUAAUGCCUUUUUGUCAGAUAUUCGCAAAGGAGCCUGUCUAAAAAAAGUGUCCGAUACAGAGAAAAAAGAUAGAAGCUCUCCAUUUUGUGUACCGACUUCUAAUAAUACUGAUAAUGUCAGUGGAACUACCGCAGAUUCAUCCAACUUUCAGCCUUCGGGAGGCCCCCCGAUCGGUCUUGGUGGUCUUUUUGCUAAUGGAAUGCCAAAACUUAAGCCGACUGGUGCUCGAACCGGCCAAAAUACAGCUAUGAGUAACUCAGAUGCCCCUCAUAUCGCAACGAAUAGGCCUUAUCAACCACCUAAACAGCCCAUUUCACGGAUUUCUAGAGUGGGCAGCACUACUUCCCAUAAGCCGCCACCUCCUGCCCCGCCUAUUGGAGCUCCGGGUCCUCGGUCUAAUUUUAACAAAAUGGCUCCGCCUGCACCUUCACAACGCAGAGGCUCUGAACUAACUGAAGUGGUGAGCGUUUGA